CUAUCAGUGUGAAGAGGUAGCAGCAGCUUUGACAAGGGCCCAUCCUUGUCUGGGGCAGCUGGGAACCAAGACAGGAUUUUGGGGAUGGAAACAGUCAUUAAAAUAUAAAAUGCAAAAUUAUCGAACAAAGCUGGGGUGACUCAGACAUCCUGAAAUCUGUGUCAACUCCUUGAAGCACAAAAGAGAAGGCCAGGGCAAAGCUGCAGCCAAUAUCAAGAACCAAGAAAGGCUGAAGUUAACUACAUUCCUCAGCAUCCAAAAGGGGAAACAGAAAGCUUGGAGAAUGAGAGAAUUGCUUUAUUGUCAGAACUGAAAAAACGUAACCAUGAAGCUGUGAUAAGUGUGAAAAUGGAAAAAACCUUCUCCCACAGAUGCCUAGAGAUCGUGGAGCAGAGGCCUAUGAUAGGAGAGUUCAAAAACAGAUGGCCUGCUGCGCUGUUUGAGCAGAGUGAAGUGAAUGCAGAGUUCUUGCGGAUCACCACUAAGCCACUGCAAUCAAAAUUCAUGUCACAGCUGGACCACUUCUCAGACAAGUUGAUGCAGAUCUUCAAGAGCAAAGUAGGAGUGAAGGGGCAAAAGAUCAAGGAUAUCCUGGCAAUAAAAGAUUUGUGCAACAACAUCAACACUAGGAGGGAGUGCAUACUGAGAACCCUUCAUUAAGAAACCUUAAUGAAGAUCCAGACUCUUUCUUCAAGGAAUAUCUGAUACACUAAGAAGUGAGAUACUUUACUGUACUGAACAAUGUGGUACUAACUGGACAUUGCUAUGGCAGUGCAGAAAUCAGCCACCAUUCUUCUUUUCCUUCUGGGGUACAUCCUCAUUGAUGCCUCCAUGCACCUAUCUGGUCAGCACCUAAGACCUCGUUUGCACAAGGACCGACGCCACAUUCGGCCAAACAUCAUCCUCAUCCUCACUGAUGACCAAGACAUAGAGCUUGGAUCCAUGAUGGCCAUGAACAAAACAAAACGUAUAAUGAUGCAGGGAGGCACCCAUUUCUCCAAUGCAUUUUCUACCACUCCUAUGUGCUGCCCAUCUAGAUCCUCUAUUCUGAGUGGAAAAUAUGUGCACAACCACCACACCUACACCAACAAUGAUAACUGUUCAUCACUUUCAUGGCAAGCCCACCAUGAGCCUCAUACCUUUGCUGUUCACCUUAACCGUUCAGGCUACAGGACUGCCUUCUUUGGGAAAUAUUUGAAUGAAUACAAUGGCUCCUAUGUGCCACCUGGAUGGAAGGAGUGGGUAGCACUGGUGAAGAACUCUCGCUUCUAUAACUACACCUUGUGCAGAAAUGGAGUCCUGGAGAAGCAUAACAUGGAGUAUCACAUGGACUACCUCACUGACCUUAUUACAAAUGAUAGUAUCAGCUUUUUCCGGAUGUCUAAAAGACUGUACCCCAAGCAGCCUGUGAUGAUGGUGCUGAGCCAUGUUGCUCCUCAUGGUCCAGAAGAUGCAGCACCUCAGUACAGUACAGCUUUUCUGAAUGCCUCUCAACACAUAACUCCAAGCUACAAUUAUGCCCCUAACCCGGACAAGCACUGGAUAUUGCAAAACACUGGCCCUAUGAAACCUGUUCACAUGCAGUUCACCAAUAUGCUGCAGAGAAGGCGACUGCAAACCCUGCUGUCUGUUGAUGACAGUGUAGAAAAGGUGUACAAUAUGCUGGUGGAAAUGAGGGAAUUGGAAAACACCUACCUUAUCUACAUGUCUGACCAUGGCUACCAUAUUGGCCAGUUUGGCCUCAUUAAGGGCAAGUCCAUGCCCUAUGAGUUUGACAUUCGUGUUCCUUUUUACAUACGAGGUCCAAACGUGGAGGCAGGCUCCAUUAACUCCCAUAUAGUUCUCAAUAUUGACUUAGCACCCACUCUUCUUGAUAUGGCUGGAGUUGACAUUCCUGUGGACAUAGAUGGAAAAUCAAUUCUCAAGCUGCUGGAGAUUGACAAACCAAUCAACAGGUUUCAGUUUAACAAAAAGGGUAAAGUGUGGAGAGACUCUUUCCUGGUAGAAAGAGGUAAGCCUUUGCAUAAGUUGGCCAGUGGAAAAGAGGGGGCCUGGGAGAAUUCACUGCCUAAAUACCAGCGUGUUUUAGAGCUCUGCCAGAAAACAGAUCAUCAGACCCCUUGUGAGCAGCCUGGGCAGAAAUGGCAGUGUGUUUUGGACUCCUCGGGUAUGCUAAGACUUCAUAAGUGUAAGAGAACAGCAUAUCGCUAUGUUCCACAUGUUAAGGGCAUUAUGGCUAGUAAUGCUCAUCUGUACAGGCCUGAGUCCCCUCCACAGUACUGUAACUGUGAGCCUAAUGUGCCUUUCAAGAUUAGGAAGAUGCUCAGUUAUAAAAAAAUGAAGUCAAAGAAGACUUUGUCUCAGAAUCGUCGGGCCCGUUCGCUCCCACCUCACUUGGACAGUACUAUGUACACUCUGGAUCUGGAAAAGGGUUACCAACCCAUUGUAACAAAUACCAUCAUCCCCAGACUGGGCAGGAAAAAGACAGUUUAUGGAGGUUAUGAAGAAUUUAGUGGAAUGGAACCUAUAACCAAUAACCUCAAACCACACACAGCCCUAAAAGUCACCUACAGGUGUUCAAUAUUGAUAAAUGACACAGUGUUAUGUGAUGGUGGAAUGUACAAAUCACUCCAGGCAUGGAAAGACCAUAAACUACACAUUGAACAUGAGAUUGAGACACUACACUCCAAAAUAAAGAACCUUAGAGAGGUCAAAAGCCAUCUGAAAAAAGUUCGACCAAAGGAGUGUGAAUGCCACCACAACAUUUAUCAGUACAAGAAGAGAGCACUCUUCAGACACAGAUCAGGUCAGAUGCAUUCUUUAAGAUUGGCAUCUAAAGGUCAGAAGCAGUGGCUGCUGAAGGAACAGAAGAGGAAAAAGAAGUUGCGGAAGCUGCUAAAGAGCCUUCGUACCAAUAACACAUGCAGUAUUCCUGGCCUCAGCUGUUUCACCCAUGAUAACCAGCACUGGCAGACUACCCCCUUCUGGACAAUGGGACCAUUCUGUGCCUGUACUACUGCAAACAAUAACACUUACUGGUGUCUGAGGACCAUCAAUGAGACUCACAACUUUCUGUUUUGUGAGUUUGCUACAGGAUUUCUAGAAUAUUUUGACCUCAACACAGAUCCUUAUCAGCUGAUUAAUGCAGUUAGUACACUGGAUCAUGAUUCUCUCAACAACAUGCAUCUACAGCUCAUGAAACUGUAUAGCUGUAAAGGUCACAAGCAGUGCAACCCUGACACAGGGGCCAGAGAACAAAGCUUUCCUAUUAAUCACAGGCCCCAUUAUCAUCAAAAGAGGCCAAAAAUUAAGAAAGCUUCUUCCAAAUCAGUGGAACAGAUCUGGGAAGGAUGGUUGGGGUAAAUGCAUCAUGACUACAGAUCAUGAAGUGUGAAGAAUGGGGAAACUUGGGAAUUCUAUAUUACACACACACCCCACCCAGAAAAGCCUGUUUUGAACAGUCCUUCCAGUGCACUUAACCCUAGCUGCCAGUUGUCAUUCUUUUUGUAGGUCAAUUGAUACCAUCCUAUGGUUGUUGAAUGACAUUCAAAGGAGUUCAACAUCACUCAACAACCCUAUCCCUCUGCCAGUAAAGCCAGAAUUGAAUCCUUCUUUUCUCACUCAAAACUUUUCUUUUUAACUCUUUUCACAUGAUUAAUAGAUAUUUUUGUAUUCCAAUUAAAUUUAAGACACUACCAGGACUCUUUUUGCCAUCUAAACUGGUCCUAUUGCAAGAGAAUAGCGAUGACCACAGCAGUGGCUUUUAUUUUUAUACUUUGUUAAAUAAGAUUUAGUUCAGGUGAUCACCUAAUCAGUAGCUUAUGAAGGAAAAUGAGGUGUACUUGUGUUGGAAUUCCAGCACAGACACUGGAAUGAAAUGGCUGUCAUACAUAGAGAUGCUAUGAAGAAAAAUUUUAAGUCAUCUCUUAAUUUUUUCCAAAGCUGUGUGAUGUGAUGUUGAUAAUAUAUAAUAAUUUCUUUCAGAAUUUCUUUAUAAUAUUCCAUUCUAAUUCGGCCUCAAUUUCUAUCAAAUUUGCUUCAGAAAUGAAAGGGUUACUGUCCUGAAAACAUGAAAAUAGUUAUCCAAUGAAAUUUUUGCUUCUUGUCUGUAGGCUGAGAUGAGUUUAGAGCUGGCUCACUCAUUGGUUAGGACUUCAUUGCUGGGACAGAAGGCCAUGGCA